UUGUACUUGCGCUAGCACACUCGCCACCGCCACCUUACAGAGCGUGACGUGGACGAGCGUAAACGCUCGUCGCCGCCUCUCUCGCUCGCUGUUAUUCACCUGAACUGCCCUCUCCUCCUCCUCCUCCACCUCCCAAGUCCCAACACUAUUUAUACAUCACAAAAACCCGAAAAAGCUUUCAUCUGCCGCAAAGCCACACAGUGAGAGAGAGAGGACGAGAGAGAGAAGAGAGAGAGAGAGAGAGAGAGAGACUUAGCUCACCUCAAAUCCAAGAACCCCUUUAGUUAAUUCUGCGGCUUCUUUAACUCUGAGCCUUUAAUUUGCUGUUACACUGGUUCCAGAAUUUAGGGGGUCGGUUUUUUUUAAGACAUUUGCUAUUUCUCGAUCGAUGUUAAUUAUGGGUAAGAGGAAGAGAACCGACGAUCGUCUCGACACCGACCCUUCCCUUUCGUCUUCUUCACCUGAAUGCAUAUCAUUUCUUGGAUACAUGUUCAUCAGACAGUACUUCGCAGAAAGCAUGCCGUGCUCUUCUGGAGUGGAAUUGUCAUCAAGAAAGAAGUCUUCUCACUUCGUGGACUCUAAUGAGAUGAAGCCUUUCACAUCAAGCAUGGAAAUGGAUACUUCUUCUAAUCACUCUUCUCCUUUACAUCUUCGGCAAAAUCUUGGGCGUUCAAUGUUUUUGAAACGCUCACGUAACUGGUAUGGACACCAGAACUCAUGGCGUAACUCAGGUGCCCAUAUGAGUGCAACCACUUCUCAUGGAAAGACCCCUCCCUCUUGGGAAGAGAGACUUAACUUCAAGUUGGCUAGUCGCUACAACUCAGACAACUGGCAAUAUGCAGAUUAUAGGGACAGAGCCUUUAACAGGCCGGAGAGGAUCAGGUCAGAUUCUGCCACAUUAGAUUCUGCCUCACUUGAAACGGCAAAGUUGCAAUGUGGUGUCUGCCAGAAACUUUUGAGGAGGAAGCCUUAUCUUCUUUCUGGUUCUCACUCGUCCUCGGAAAACUCUGUUGUGGCAGUUCUAGUAUGUGGGCAUGUCUAUCAUGCGGAUUGUUUAGAACAGAAGACGGCUCUUGAAGACAAAUCUGACCCUCUAUGUCCCAUUUGUCUCAACUUACUCUCACCCGCUGAUGCCUUUAAAGGAGGAGGGGGCCAAUGAUUGUACAGGCUCUUUCUAACAAAGAAGACUAGAUGCUUAUGCUGCGCAUGCUAGGAUGUCGUCGUAAAUAUGAUAGGUGAUAUCUAUAUAUAUGCACUCAAUAUCUGGAUGGGCUUAUUAGAGGAAGCGCAUUUAUUAUAGCCUUAUAGGAUAUAGAAUUUUAGACUAUGAAUGUAGUGUAUAUCGUCAGUUUGUAUUUAUCGGACACAUUGCAGCUUCGUGUUAUCUUAGCCCAUUUUGUGCGAAAACGCAUACAUCAUCGACUGUGUGCCUCAAAUGCAAACUCGGCCUCCUUGAUGGACUGAUAGCUGACUGCAAUUGCAUUAUUGAGCGAGGCGGAAGUGCAGGAAUGUUUUGUUCUGGAUGAAGGAGAAACAUCAUCAACAUGCCCCUUAUGUAAUUUGGUUCGAUGAAAAGUAGCUUCUACUUAGCUUGUCAUGAAAAAUUAUGCGCGAAUACCUGCGGGAAAGCAUCGAAGUUGGACCAUGAAAGUUAGUCGCAAGUAUCAUGUUGAAGAGUUUCUUGUAUAUUGUGAGUCAUGUUUGUUCACUGUGUGAACAUAUCUCUACAUAAUUUAUCAUUGCGAGUCUACAGAAGAUGCUG